GGUCCCGCAGUCUCUUCUCUCAGUAUUUCAGUAUUUGCGCGAUACCCGCAAUUUCCUAUCAACCCUGUCAAGAUACACACACAUGUGCUGGCUGACUAUGUAAAAAACCAUAAAAAAAUAACGUAUCCCUUUGUCACUCUCCAAUGUCUGUUUACAUUUAUGCUAACCAUGCGCCUGGUCGGGAGGACUACGCUUCUCUGCAGUGAAAGUUACACCGCAAUCCCCACAUAAACGCUCGUGCAGAUCCCCAGAUACUCUAUGCAUCUACCCUCCCCCCUUUCACCUUACUUCUUCCCGUUUGCCCCGCCCCCGCCUGUUGAUAUAAAUACACCGACCGCCUGUUAGCCUGGCCUUGUCUCUCCUCUCGCCUCUCUCCCUCAACCCACCCGACUUCCCUAUCGUGCUAUCUUUGUCAACCGCCAGCAUGUUCAAGCUCUUGCUAAUCGCAGCUCUCGCUGUGGUGGCCAUCUGUCAAGGCUACUCACCUCCCCAUAACUCGACAAACUCGACCACCUUCACGAACCCGAUCAUCAACGAAGGAGCAGAUCCGUGGAUGUUCCGACACGGUGACUACUACUACCUCACGUACUCAAACAAUGUCAACGUGACUCUCUUUCGUAGCAAAUCCCUCACGGACUGGGACGGCGCCGAAUCCAAGCUAGUCUUCGCGCCUCCACCAGGUAUGAACUACUCGACUGACCUCUGGGCUCCCGAGAUUCACAACCUCGAUGACAACUGGUAUGUCAUCUUUACGGCCGACCCGCGCAACGACUCGCCUCCACCGGAGAUUGAGAUGUGGUGCGACUACAAUUGCCCAGCCGUCCAUCACCGCAUGUUUGUUGUUGAAGGCAAGGGCUCCGACCCAUGGGAAGCCGAGUGGGAGUACAAGGCGGAACUCGACACAUACGACCAGUUCGCCAUUGACGGAACCUACUUCCAGCACGCGGAUCAGCUGUAUCAUAUCUACUCAUGCUGGCAUCGAAAGUACGAUGGCUGGCCGGCCAAUCUCUGCAUAACCAAGAUGGAGAAGCCAUGGAUGGUGUCCUCGCCCUUCUCUGAGCGCCAAAUCAUUUCUGUCCCGGAGUAUGCAUGGGAGAAGACGCCGUUCGGCCGCGCGAGCAACGAUCGCUUGUCCUCAAACGAGGGGCCCCAGCAGUUGACCAACCCCACGACCGGCCAACAGUUCCUCAUAUACAGCGCGGCCCGCUCCGAUAAUCGCAACUACUGCCUUGCGCAGCUCGAGCUAGUUGGCGAUAAUCCGAUGAACCCUGGUGACUGGCGCAAGCACCCGUACCCCGUCUUCUACCAGAACCCGAGCGAGUCGGCUUAUGGUGUCGGGCACGCUUCAUUCACAACUUCUCCCGACGACAGCGAGGCCUGGAUUGUCUACCACGGUAUGCGUGAUCCUACCAACGGCUGGGGUGCGCGCACGAUUCGCGCUCAGAAGUUCGGGUGGAACGAGGAUGGUACGCCGAACUUCCCGAAGCCAGGCUAUGGACCUUAUGAGGUUCCUAGCGGUCAAUAGGUCAGGUUGUGACUGCCGGUUGAGCUAGAGUUCAUAGUCAUGAUAGAUCUCUCUGGACACUGCAUUGGAUACAGGAUAUAUAGAGUACGGUAACGAACAAGGCCGUGUCUUCUAGUAACCAAAAUCUCACAUCACCAUUUCAACC